GGCUGCAGUCGACGCUGUCUCCCUGCGGCAGUUUAACUUGUGUAAAGAUUCACAUUUACCGUGUUGUUGUUGUCGUUUACCGGCGCGGUUUACCGUCAACAUGUCGCACACCGUCAUCACCACGACAACAACGACCAGGACGUCCAGCGACGGCGGACUGAACAUGGGCUACACCCGGACCAUCCCGGGACUGAUGAAGAUAGGACAGAUCCUCGCCCUGCUCGUCGCCUUCGUGUGCGUGCGUUGUGUUCGUGGUUGGCCCAACUGGGCGGCCAUCCAGUACUUUGAGGUGGUGGCGCUGUGGUUCCUCAUCGCCUUCCUCAUCUUCUUCCUCAUGCACCUGUUCAGGCUGCAGCAGAAGAUGCCCUGCAUCAACUGGCCGCUGACGGAGUUCUUUCAUUACUCCGUCGGGACCGUCCUAAUCUUCAUCGCCUCCAUCGCUGCUGCUGUGACGAGUGGAGGAGUUUCAGCGCUGGUGGUCGCAUCGGUGUUUGGGUUCAUAGCGACGUUCCUGAUGGCCGUUAGUUUGUGGACGUCUUACAGUGUGACCUGCGGCUCUCAUCAGACCGGUGCAGCGGUGUAAGGAGCGCUCUGUCAUGAGUUACCCAGACGGCUGUGACGGCAGUUUGCUGUGUCCUGGUCAUUUUUCUGCCUAGCAACCGCCUGGAUAAUGAACCUGACUGGAUUAUAAUUCACACUGCGGAGGUAACGGAGCAGCUGUUCCAGGACCAGCCGUCGUUUUGAAACGUAAAUAUCCCCGACCGUCGACUCUGAUGGGACCGUAGAUACAGUAUUACUCAGAUAUACAGAAUACAUUUACUUAAGGACACAUUUUCAUGUUAAAGGUGCUCAGUCACAUUUUAACCAUCAGUGUAUUAGUAAAAUCAACGAAUGACACUGCAGUGCGAACACUCCCUCAACUACAUUUCCCAUCAUCCCCUGCUGUUUCCCGCCCCGACUUUCCCUCCUGGAAAUGGUAGACAUGUUUGUUUUUUAGUUUUCCCUCCUUCCACCGUCUGCUACUGAAGAUUUAGAGAAGCUUUUUAGAAAAGUUGAAGCUGCUUCAGCUCUUGAAGAACAGCGCCCUCUGCCUGUUGUGCCAUAAAACAAUCCAGACAUUUUCCCGCCAAAAUCUCACACGUGUCAGAGUGCAGCCGCAGUCACAAGUCGCCUCUUUGUUUCACUUCCUCGGUGGUUUACAGCUUGAUUUGCUCGAUUCGUCAUCAGAUAUCUCAUCCAUUCCAGCUUUUUACAUUCUUUCCUCUAGCUCAGAAAAAAACACACUGGACCACGGAUGUAUUGCGCUCUUUUUUAAAAAUCACCUUUCUUAAAUGCCCAGCACUGACAAUGCACAGUAUAGCCCUGUUAGCCAGCGAAGCUAAUUUUUGUUAGCACACUUCUAUCAUGCUACAGUGUGCUAACAAACAUUAACACGCUGACAUUUUACAGAAAACAACAUGCAUGCUAAUGACUUUGUUAGCAUGCUAAAACAUAACUCAGGGGCUAAUGUGUGCUAAAAAAAAAACAAUGGCAUGCUCGAAUUUAUGUGAAUUGAAACAAAAGGAAACAUUAGCAUGCUAACAAUGCAAAAACAAACACAAAACUAGGAAAAAGUGCUGCUUUUCUCUGUUAUUAAAGAUAAAUCUGGUGGUAAUCAAUAUUUUUGUUAUUGUCAACAAACCAAAUCAAAACUGAUCUACGAAGAGGUCUGUCAGAAACACUCACUCAGCACCAAAAUGUGCAUUAAUCCGCUGCUGAAAAUAGUCCCCACACUGUGAAAUCUGACAUUUUGAUCUUCCCUAAAAUAAUCUUGGAAAC